AUGGCCGAAAUUAUAGAAGAAGAUACCAUUAAAGAAAAAAUCGCUACUGUAGAGGAUACAUGUACUGUAUUUGUUUUGGGAGAAGAUGUAAAAGAGGAAAGUACAGAAAUUCAAGAUGAAGUUGUCAAGAUUGAAGUAGAUCCCCUUUUCCCUGAACAAAAGAGGAUUAAAAGGAGGAAACUGAGAGAUAAAAGAGAUAAACGUUAUUCCUGUGGAGAAUGUGAUUAUGUGGCAACUAAAUCCAGUCAUUUGAAGACACAUAUUAAAAAAAAACAUGAAGGAGUGAGGUAUCCCUGCGAUCAGUGUGAGUACCUUGCUACUGAAGUAUGCUAUUUAAAGAAUCACAUUGAAAAUAAACAUGAAGGAGUAAGAUAUCCAUGCAAUCAAUGUGAGUACGCUGCAACUACACCAGAAAGAAUGGCAAAAAUUAUGGAAGAAGAUAAAGUUACCAUCAAAGAAGAAAUCUCUACUGUAGAGGAUAUGUUUACUGUGUAUGUAGCGGAAGAAGAUGUAAAAGAGGAAAGUACAGAAAAUCAAGGUGGAAAUAUCAAGAUUGAAGUAGAUCCUCUGUUCUCUGAACAAAAGAGACUUAAAAAGAGAAAGCUGACAGAAAAAAGAGAUAAAUGUUAUCUCUGUGAAAAAUGUGAUUAUGUGGCAACUCAAUCCGGUAAUUUGAAGACACAUAUUCAGAGUAAACAUGAAGGAGUGAGAUAUCCUUGUUCUCAUUGUAAAUACGCUGCCACUACAGCAGGUGGGCUGAAGAUUCAUAUUGAAAAUAAGCAUGUAGGAGUUAGACAUCCCUGCGAUCAGUGUGAAUAUGUUGCUACUAAUGUACAGAGUCUGAAGUUACACAUUGAAUCUAAACAUGAAGGAGUGAGAUAUCUCUGCGAUCAAUGUGAAUACUCUGCCACUAAAGCAAGGUAUGUGAUGUUACACAUGGAAUCUAAACAUGAAGGAGUGCGAUAUCCAUGCGACCACUGUGAGUACUCAGCUACCACAGUAGAUUGUCUGAAGAUACAUUUCAAAAUUAAACAUGAAGGAGUACGAUAUCCCUGUGACAAAUGUAAUUAUGUUGCAUCGAAAUCCAGUCAUUUGAAGACACAUAUUCAAAGUAAACAUGAAGGAGUGAGAUAUCCAUGCAAGCAAUGUGAUUACGCUGCCACAACAGCAAGUAAUCUGAAGAUUCACAUUGAAACUAAACAUGAAGGAGUGAGAUAUCCCUGCGAUCGAUGUGAUCAUGUUGCCAAUACAUCAGGUGAUCUGAAGAAACAUAUUGAUUCUAAACACGAAGGAGUAAAAUAUCCUUGCGAUCAAUGCGAGUACGCUGCCACUAAGGCAAGUAAUCUAAAAAUUCAUAUUGAAUCCAAACAUGAAGGAGUAAGAUAUCCUUGCUAUCAAUGUGAAUACACUGCCACUAAGCCAAGAAAUCUGAAGAAACAUAUUGAAAAUAAGCAUGAAGGAGUGAGAUAUCCCUGCGAUCAGUGUGAAUAUGUUGCUACUGGUGUACUAAAUCUAAAUCGACACAUUGAAACAAAACAUGAAAGAGUGAGAUAUCCUUGUUCUCAUUGUGAAUACGCUGCCACUCAAGCAUGGCAUCUUAAAAAACAUGUUGAAUCUAUACAUGAAGGACUAAGAUAUCCAUGCCAUCAAUGCGAGUACGUUGCCACUAAAGCAAGUACUCUGAAGAUACAUAUUGAAAAUAUUCAUGAAGGAGUGAGGUAUCCCUGCGAUCAGUGUGAAUAUGUCGCUACAAGUGUACAGAGUCUGAAGUUACACAUUAAAUCUAAACACAAAGGAGUGGGAUAUCCAUGCGAUCAAUGCGAGUACGCUGCCACUACAGCCAGUAGUCUUAAGAUGCAUAUUAAAAGUAUUCAUGAAGGAGUGAUAUAUCCCUGUGAUCAGUGUGAAUAGCUACUAGAGGAGGUGAUCUGAAGAAACACAUUGAGUCUAGACAUAAAUGAAUAAGAUAUAUCCGUGUUGCCAGUGUAUAUAUGCUGCAACUGACCCAAGAAGUCUUAGGAAACAUACUAUAAAUAUUCAUGAAGGAUUGAGAUAUCCCUGUCAUUUAAAAACACUCAAAAAAAGAAA